AUUGUUUGAUGUCUCAGUUCUCUAGUUGAAUUCAUUAAAAAUUGUAUAUUUAAUUUUUCUAUACCUUUUCAUAAUUCUCGUAAACAUUCUUUUAUAAUAUUUAUUUACCUGUGCUUAUUUUAAAAGUUAAGUUUAAACAUUGUGAUAAAAUGAGUUCAAAAUAUAAAUCGCCAUUAUUCAAACCUAGAAUUAUACCUGCUUCUUCUACUCCAGUCAACACAUCUCAAAAUUUAGAAUCUCCGUCUCAACUUAAAAGCUCAUCGUAUAAAUCACCAUUAAUCAAAUCCAGAAAUACAUCUGCCACUACUUCUACUCCAGUCAACAUACAGAAAAAUUUGGACAGAUUGUUCCAACAGGAUAGCACAAGUUCAACAGAUAACUUGUUAAAUACAUUAGUGGUAUACGACACUACCCCACAACACAAUUUUGUCGGGCAAAAAAAAUUGUAUGCACGCUCUAAAGGUUCACCAUACCAAUGGAAAUCACAUAACACCAAUAAUAGUUGCAGUUCAGACGUAAUUAAUUAAUAAUUUAUUUUCAUUAUAUUAAAAUACACAGUAAUUAAUAGUAACAAAUUGGUUUUUCAAUAGCUAAAUAGUUCCGGUACACAACAGGAAGCAAGUGGUUCUCAUGAGUUUUCUCCAGAUUUCAAUAAAUUCAAAAAACAAAAUCACUAUGUAAGUUAUAUAUUUAUUAAAUAAAUAAUUUGUUAUUUAAUACAUUUUUUUUAACCACUGGUACAUAAGCAAAGCUAGACAUUUUCAUUAGACUGGAUUUUAUCAUAUUAUUGGUAUUGUAAUUAUGUAUGUUAUUUAAUAACUAUAUGCCAUAAACCUAUACUAUUUUUCACGAAAGAACGGUAGAGAGUCUACGGAAACCAGUCAUUCUUACGCAUUCCCAUUAUACCAGGUGUAAUCUGCCAGUGAUUCGUAGCUCAAUCUGCGUGCGCAAAACACUAUCUUUCUCUCGUGAAAAAUGGUUUAAGUCUUAGCUUUGUUUCUUUUAAAAUUAAACUAUUCAAAAAUAGUAUUAUAUUGAUUUUGUAUAUAUAAAAUUGAAUGUCUAUUUAUUAUUUUAGAACAAUCCAAAUUUGAAUAAUAAAAACAACGGUGAACAUUUUUUUCAUCCAUCAAUGUUGGAAGAUCCAUGGGCACAGUUGUUAAAUAACCAAACAAAGAAGACAGAAUAAAGUUAAAACUAUGUAAUAUAUUUUUAAUUUUGUACAAAGUAAAUUACUAGUUUUAAAACAGUAGCAAUUUUAUUUCAUUACAAUAUGACAUUAUCAUGUUGUCGUUUGGCACCCCUACACCACUAAGGAUUAGUUAUGUAACUAAAAAUAUUUCAGAUGUUUUAAUUAAUAGAUACCUAUUUUAUAUAAUUAAAUUAAGCUAAUAUAAUGCAGGAAAAAUAAUGACUACACAAAUAGAAUGAAAUAAAAUAGCGAGAUAAAUAAAACACACACCAUUUAUAUAUAAUUGUACAUAGUAGUUUAUACCUACAAAUAAAUUAUUACUAUAUAUUACUUAAGAUAUUACUUAUCUCUAUAUCUUUUUUAAAAAUUAAAAUGUAUAUUAUUUUAUUUGUGUUUGGUCUAAAACUUAGUUAAAAUUAAUUAGNAGCUUGUGUGUUUAGUUUUGAUUUUUAAUAAAGUACAACUAUUUAGGUUUUAGUAUAAAUGUGGUAAAUUAACCUUUUUAUAUUAUAUUAAACAUAAGAAAAUACUUAACAAAAACAUUUGUAUUUAUUAUAACUAUAUACUAAAGAUAUUACUUAUCUUUAUAUCUUUUUUAAAAAUUAAAAUGUAUAUUAUUUUAUUUGUGUUUGGUCUAAAACUUAGUUAAAAUUAAUUAGCAUACUAUUAUGUAUUUAUUAUUUUGUCAUUUUAAUGAAAUAAAUUAUUUUAUCUAUUUGAAUAAAUAAAUAGCUUGUGUGUUUAGUUUUGAUUUUUAAUAGAUAAAGUACAACUAUUUAGGUUUUAGUAUAAAUGUGGUAAAUUAACC